ACUUCAACAAAAUCACAAAGUCAAAACAAACAACAAUGGUCGUUAAUAUCUCUCAACCGUCUUCUCUCUCUUCACUUCUUUGCUUCGAUUAGACUUGGUCUAAAUCUAUGGCUCCUGGUAGAUCCCCAUUGCAGCGAACAGAGAGAGGUUGGGCUACACUGUGUUGUUCUGCUUCUUCAUCGUGCUUACAGCUUUAUUGGGCUCGUUUUCUUCUACGAAAAUGGUUUAAUAUCUCAGCUAAUGAAUCAGAUCAUAUUGCUGAUAGUGAUGAUGAAGAAGAUGAUGAUGAUAGUGUUGCAGAUUCUGACAUUGAAGGAACUGAAGAAGCUCAUGAUGAAACUAAUGAUGCUGAACCAAGGCUGAGAAGAAGGAAUUCAGAAACGUUUAGAGUUCAGUAUAUGGAUACAAAAGCAAUCAGAAUCUGUGUUGGAACUUGGAAUGUGGGAGGAAGAGUUCCACCUACUGACUUAGAUAUUGAUGGUUGGGUUGACACGAUCGAACCUGCUGACAUUUAUGUUCUCGGUCUUCAGGAAAUUGUUCCAUUGAAUGCUAGUAACAUUUUUGGUAUUGAGGAUGACCGGCCUGCUUUAGAAUGGGAGGAUACUAUACGCGAUGCGUUAAAUAGGAUUCGACCUAGAAAGGUAAAGAUUGUAAGUUACAGUGAUCCGCCUUCUCCGUCGAAGUUUAAGCCAUUUGAAGAGGUCACUGAUGUAGUAGAAGAGAUGGUUGUUGAAAACACUAGUGAUACUUGCAAUGUGAUUAAUUCGGUUAGUGAGAACUUUAGCUUUGAUGACGGUAUUGUUGAUACUAAUUAUGACAUGAGGUCAUGCUUGCCAAGACAAGAGUAUCUGCAGAGGCAGUUUUCAUCGCCAAAGAAGCUAGACAGGUUGUUUUCAAUGCAGCUUGACACUAGUUCGAAACGCGCAGAAAGUUUAAGCCGAUGGUUUAGUUACUCCGAAAGAGUUGGUUUGAGCUGGCCUGAGCCUCCAUUGAGAUUGUUAAAUCAACAUGUUCGAGAAAGACGAUGUUCCUUAAAGUCUUCGUUGAAACCUUUUAAGAAUUAUAGCUCUUUCAAAGCAACUACCAACAACCUUGGAGGGAAGAAGACGCCAUUACUUUCGGAUUUAGAUCUCAAGCCUCUCAUGAAUGUGCAAAAACCAACAUAUGUACGGAUCGUAAGCAAACAAAUGGUUGGAGUUUUUCUUACCAUUUGGGUUCGAAGGAGCUUACGCAAACACAUACGAAACUUAAGUGUGUCUACCGUUGGUGUUGGCGUUAUGGGUUACAUUGGUAACAAGGGAUCUGUGUCUGUGAGUAUGUCAGUGUAUCAGACACCAUUUUGUUUUGUGUGCACACAUCUAGCAUCAGGGGAAAAAGAUGGAGAUCAUAGGAAAAGAAAUGCUGAUGUAAGCGACAUUCACCGAAGAACGCAGUUUCAUCCUCAUUCUCUUAGUGCGACUAGACUACCGAGAAGCAUCCGUGAUCACGAAAAUAUAAUCUGGCUGGGAGAUCUGAACUAUCGGAUUAACUUAUCGUAUGAGAAGGCGCAUGAACUUAUUGCUAGAAAGGAAUGGAAGAAAUUAGCUGAAAAGGACCAGCUUGUAAGAGAAAUGAGACAAGGACGUGUGUUUGAGGGAUGGUCAGAAGGAACUCUAGAUUUUCCACCAACUUACAAAUACGAAAUCGAUUCAGAAAAAUACGGUGGAAACGAUCCCAAGUCCGGGAAACGGACACCAGCUUGGUGUGAUCGCAUCAUUUGGUAUGGGAAAGGAAUGAAGCUUAUGAGUUACAGAAGAAGUGAAAUUAAACUCUCUGAUCACCGCCCGGUCACAGCUACAUUUGUGGUAGAGGUUGAAGUUUUCUCUCCUCGGAAGCUUCAGCGUACGCUCACGCUCACAACUGCAGAGAUUGAUAGCCAUGAAGCUUUUGUACAUGAUUAGCUCACUACUAAAAAUCAGAUCCAUUCACUCCAUUUCUCUUUGCAAAUCACUUACUAUUCAUACAUUCUAUUUGUGAAAUGUCUCUUCAAAGAAACAGGGUAUAAAAGUGUGAGUGUUAA